AAAAGAGAAGGGAGGAGUUGUAAUGAGUCACCAGCAGAAGGAAACACAGACUUCCAGACCACCAUCACCACCUUAGCCAGAUAUGGGUGCUGGCUUUUGCUCUGUUUCUUGCUGCUAGAAAUUCUCCCCUGGGUGACAGAUGAAGGUCGACCUUUGAUCAACACCCAUGGAAAGAGAGGCUCCUCUUAAGGAUGAACAGAAGCAGCUACAAGCAGGAGCCAACCAAAAAGAGGAUGAGGCAGAUGAAGCUCCUUUUCUCCGUUCAGAGGCCCCUCAGAAUAUAAAAGAUGAGGGAAAAGAGGAGGAAUUAAGACUACAGGGAACAUUGCCAGAAAGAGGGGAGGAUGAAAAUGAGAACUGUUGGGAAGGAAAUGAAUCCCUGAGGCAAAAUCAGGCAGAUCAGAGGAGAGACAGAACUUGCAGAUAUCCGAGCGGCGAUGCCUCUGAAGACAAAAUGGGGAAAACAACAAGGAGGAGCAUCAAUGCUCUUCAAAGCUCAGAGUAUCAACAAAACAUCCCUCUGAAGAAAAGACCAGUGAAAUGUCCAACAUGUCAGGCUGAGAUAAAUCUGUGUGACUGUUUGGAGGAUGGAGAAAGUUUCAGAUGGAGCCCAGAAGAUACAAGAUUUCACACAGGGGAGGAAAACAAAUGCUUUAGCUCUGACCUUGAAGCACCUCAACCAAUGCAUUCUAAAGAGAAAGUCUAUAAGUGCAUACAGUGUGGCAUGAGCUUCAAGAGAAGUUCAGAACUUAAGAGACAUCAAAGAAUACACACUGAGCAGAAAACAUACAAAUGUCCUGAAUGUGGACAGGCCUUCAGACGCAUUUCACAUCUUCAAGUACAUCAGCGAAUUCAUACAGGAGAGAAGCCCUUUAUAUGCAAAGAAUGUGGGGAAACGUUCAGCCAGAAGGCAAGCCUUGUAGUACAUCAACGAAUUCAUACAGGAGAGAAACCCUAUAAAUGUGAAGAAUGUGGCAGGGAUUUCAGCCAAAUUGGAAGCCUUAUAAUACAUCAAAAAAUUCAUCAAAGAGAAAAACCCUAUGCAUGCAAAUAAUGUGGAAAAUGUUUCAGUCAUUCCUCAGCUUUUAAAUUCAUUCAAGAGAAAAACUCUAUGCAUGCAAAGAAUGUGGGAAAAAGUUCAGCCGGAAGGCAAACCUUGUAGUAGAUCAGCAAAUUUAUAUAGGAGAGAAACCCUGUCAGUAUGAAGAAUGUGAGAAAAGCUACACAGUUGGGUCAACCUUAAGAAAACAUCAUAAAGGAGAGAAAUCUGUUCAGCUCAACGAAUGUAGGAAGAGGUUCACCAAAUACUCAAACAUCACAGUACAUCAACCAAUUUACUCAGGAGAAAAACUCUAUACAUGCAAAGAGUGUGGUAAAAAUUUCAACCAGCUCUCAGAUUUUAAAUUUCAUCAGCUUCUGUCUGAACAAAGAUCCUGGGGAACAAACAAAUUCAUUCAGGAGAAAAUCUCUAUCAGUGCAAAGAAUGUGGGGAAAUCUUCCUUUGUAGAGCCAAUCCUAUUAGACAUCGACAGAUGUACAGAGAGGGAAAACUUUGAAAUCAUCACUAAAUUAUCUCCUUCAACUCCAUCAACCUGUCUGUCUUGGGAAGAAACUGAAGAGAGAGGUUCCUGCCACAGUGAGAGCCUAGUUUUCGAAUUAUACCUUUAUGAAUCUGUGAAUGCAUGUAAGACAACAGACUUUAUGGUGCCCUCAAAUGUGGGAAUCCCCUCCACGGAAAUCUUCUUUUCCUCCAAAAGAUACAUAAAAGCCACAUUCCUGAUGGCAUUUUACAACAAUAAGGAGAUAGUGAACAGGGGUGGUGUUGUGAGUGGACUCUUUCGUGUGUUUUAAGAUAAUUGUCAAAGGAGGAUGUAAUAUGUGUAACUCCCUGCCUUCUGGUCUGUGAUCUUAAAAAAUAUUUCAAACCUAAAGUUUUGCUGAGAUAGUUUUAAUAGGAGUCUAACUUUAUCAUUUUACAAAAAUUGCCUUGAAAUUGAAAUAAAUAUUUAGACUG